AUGUCAUCGUCAUUGGAUAUAAAAUUUUUUCUUUGGUUCUUACUGAUAAUCCAAGUAACUCCAUUAAACACCCGCACUUUUCUUGAUGAUGAUGGAUGUGAAAUAGUUCAAUGUCCUCUUGAAAUUUUAGGACCAGUACCUCAUCUAAAAGAAUGUCUUUCCACUAUCAAUGGUUUAACCGUUUAUCCGGGUGAUCCUAACUAUUACGAAUCUAUUAAAAUCUUUAAUUGUCGAUAUUCCUACUAUCCCGUGGUGAUAAUAUAUGUUACUAAUAUUUUAGAUAUUCAAUUAUCAAUUUAUUGUGCAAAUACUUUAAAAAUUCCUGUUACUGCCAGAUCUGGUGGGCACUCUUUUGAAGAAUAUGGAAAUGGUGGAAGAAAUGGUGUUAUGGUGAUUGAUGUCAAAGAAUUUAAUCAA